GUGUGGCGUGUGCCUCUGCGUAGUAUCAUCUACUUUCAAGUUUCAACACUGCCAAAAUAUUUUCGUUCUCAGAGAUUUCAAUCGGAGACAGAUAGAAAAUCCCUGAUCUGUGAUUUGUUCCGGUUCAUCAUUUGUCGCAUAUAAACCUUAAUUCUUCAAUAGUAACCCCAAUUUUCCUAUUCUGAAGCCCUAGGUUUCGUCUAGAAGAGGAUCAGAUUUCGUUCCUUCGUUCGUGGUGAUGAUCGUCAGUCAAGAGAUGGUGGUAGCUGAGACCGAAAUCAUCUGUCCCCAGAGCAUCGCCGUCUUGGACGUUCCUUAUCUCUGCGCCGCCAAGGGAAACAAUCUUCAGAUCGAAGACAUAUUAGAAAAACCGGAGUCGGUCGCAGUUGAAACGUCGUGUUUCGAAUCGGUUGUGAGUUGCACAGAUAUCAGAAAAGAUACUGUUUUUGAGUUCAAGACAAUUGAGUUUGUCCCGAAAAUUCGCUCUGGUAGCUAUGCUGACAUUGGAUCCCGACCAUCUAUGGAUGAUGAACACAUUCGGAUUGAUGAUCUUUCUGCCCAACUGGGAACCCACUUUAGAUGUCCUUGGCCCAGUGCCUUCUAUGGGGUGUUUGAUGGUCAUGGGGGUCCUGAAGCAGCAGCUUACAUUAGAAGAAAUGCAAUGAAAUUAUUCUUUGAAGAUGCUGUUCUUCCUCAGAGUUUUGAUAUCAAUGAUCUUUUCUUGCAAGAGUUGGGAAAUUCUCAUCGCAAAGCAUUUCUACAGGCUGACCUUGCCUUGGCCGAUGAAUGCACUGUUAGUAGUUCAUGUGGAACAACAGCACUGACUGCCCUAGUUCUCGGAAGUCUCCUACUGGUUGCCAACGUAGGUGAUUGCCGAGCAGUUCUCUGUAGGAAAGGACAGGCACUCGAGAUGUCGCAAGACCACAGACCUUCUUACCCACCAGAGUGCAAGCGAGUUGAGGAAUUAGGCGCUCAUAUCGAUGAUGGCUAUCUCAAUGGUUGCCUCGCUGUGACCCGAUCCCUUGGAGACUGGGAGAUGAAAUUUCCUCGGGGGUCUGCAUCGCCCCUCAUUGCAGAUCCAGAACUCCGACAGGUUGUUCUGACAGAGGACGAUGAGUUUCUGAUAAUUGGUUGUGAUGGGAUAUGGGAUGUGAUGUCCAAUCAGCAUGCAGUGAGCCUAGUUCGGCGCGGGCUGAGGCUGCAUGGCGACCCCCACCAAUCUGCUAGGGAGCUUGUCAUGGAAGCCCUACGCCUCAAUACAUCAGACAACCUCACCGCAAUAGUUAUCUGCCUUUCUUCCCCUGAUCAUGGUGAGCGAGUUUCUUCCCAGCGGCGGCCAAGGUUGAGGUGCUGCAGUCUCUCAGAUGAGGCCCGAAACAAGCUCAAAAGAUUUCUCGAGGGUAACUGACUUUUUCCCCCUUCCAUCCAAACAAAAAGGGGGGAGGAAAUAGGGUAAAGAUUAAACUGAGGAUAAUCUUGAGUGUAUAUAGCAAUUGGCAUCAUUCCGUUUGGGAAAAUUUAGUUUGGCAACCUGUUUUUGUGGCUGCUUCAGAUGGAUAAGAGGGUAGGGGUGGGUAGAUUAGGAAAAAGUUUAUAGGGUGGGGAUGGGGUGGUGUAGAAGAUGGGAGCCUUUGGUUUUUUGGGUGUACUGCGAAUGUGAUAAGUGGUAGGCUUUGUGUGUACCACACACCUAUUAAUUUAAAGGUGAAAUGAGAUUUAUUGUUGUUGUUGUGUCACCAAAA